AUGUCGAGAUUUUUGGAAAGUUGCAAAUGCAUUGAAGCUCCGAUGUGUCUUCAUAAAGAAGGCUUCUUUUAUCUUCUCAAUGAAACUGUUCGAGAGUUCCACCCAAAUCUCAAAAACGUUCAUUGUCCCAAAGAAGUGCUAAAGAAAGAAAAAGCAGAAUCACUCCAUGUAUCGAUUGAUAAAUCAAAUCACAGACUUCGAAUGUACGGAUCACUUGAGGAGCUUUCGGAGAAUAUUACAAUUUAUAAGAAUUUCCCAGGAAAUUCCCAGUAUUUUGGCCUUUCCGGUGAACCAUAUCAAACGAAUCCAAUCAUCUAUAAAAGCUUGAAAAACGAUGAGAAAUACAUUGUCAAGCCGGAUCUCUUUGUGAUUUUUCAAAACAUGAUUACUCUCCUUCCCGGAGGAAAUUUAAUGGAAAUUAUUCUCCGGGUGGUUCCAUUUCUGAAACGCAGACAUGCAAGUGUCCAAAAAACCACGGAAUUUGUGAAAUUCGACGAGAAGCGUAUCGAAGAAAUUUAUAAAAAGAUGGAUGAAAAGUUCAACAAAAUAGUCUUGGUAAUUAAAGGAGGACUCCGAUCAAAAAUUUUUAUUGCCUUAAAAUGUUUCAAAAAAAUAUGUAUUUUCCUCAAUAUUAUUGCGAAAAAUUUUUUUAAUAAUCCUUAA